GUUAUGCACCUCUGAUCCGCCGCCAUGGAUUGCAAUCCGCGAUCACUCCUUUUCAUUUUACCGCUUUUAUUGUCCUGCGUUAUUCCUGCGGUCCCCAUCAUCUACCCCCCCAAUGAAGUCAACCUGUUAGACUCUAAAGCAAGCCAAGGGGAGUUAGGAUGGAUUUCCUACCCAUCGCACGGGUGGGAGGAGAUCAGUGGGGUGGAUGAGCACUACACUCCCAUCAGGACCUUCCAGGUCUGCAACGUGAUGGAGUACAGCCAGAACAACUGGCUUCGCACCAACUGGAUCCCUCGCCAGUCGGCCCAGAAGAUCUACGUGGAGCUGAAGUUCACCCUGAGGGACUGCAACUCCAUCCCGCUGGUCUUGGGCACCUGCAAGGAGACCUUCAACCUCCUCUACCUGGAGACGGACGACGACCAGGGCAGCCACUUCCGAGAGCACCAGUUCUCAAAGAUCGACACCAUCGCCGCCGACGAGAGUUUCACCCAAAUGGACCUCGGAGAUCGCAUCCUCAAGCUCAACACAGAGGUGCGUGAGGUGGGUCCCAUGACCAAGAAGGGCUUCUACCUGGCGUUCCAGGACGUGGGCGCCUGCGUAGCUUUGGUGUCAGUGAGGGUUUACUUCAAGAAGUGCCCGUACACUGUGAGGAAUCUGGCCUCCUUCCCCGACACGGUGCCCAUGGACUCCCAGUCGCUGGUGGAGGUCAAAGGCUCAUGUGUCAAUCACUCCAAAGAGGAGGAGCCGCCGCGAAUGUACUGCAGCACGGAGGGGGAGUGGCUCGUGCCUAUUGGGAAGUGUCUAUGUAACCCGGGCUACGAGGAGAGGAGCAACACCUGCCAAAUGUGCAGGGCGGGCUUCUACAAGUCUACACUCGGAAACAUGGAGUGUUCCAAGUGUCCGCCGCACAGCUUCUCCCACCAUGAGGGGUCGCUGCACUGCGGCUGUGAGAAAAACUACUUCCGCGCUGAGGGAGACCCUGCCUCCAUGGCCUGUACCCGUCCUCCUUCAGCCCCCCGAAACGUGAUCUCCUCCAUCAACGAGACUUCGGUUAUCUUGGACUGGAGCUGGCCGGAGGACAGUGGCGGGCGCAGAGACAUGACCUUCACCGUCCUCUGCAAACGCUGCCGCGGCGUCGCCGCUAACGGCAGCAACAGUGGGACCCAGCGCUGCGAGCCCUGCCGCAGCAACGUCCGCUUUCUGCCGAGAGCCGCGGGCCUCCACAACACCACGGUGACGGUGGCCGACCUGCUGGCCCACACCAACUACACGUUCGAGAUCGAAGCGCAGAACGGGGUGUCGUCGCUGGCGCCCAAGAUGAGGCAGUACGCCGCCGUCACCAUCACCACCAACCAGGCCGCCCCCUCGCCGGUAACAGUGAUCAGAAAGGAGAAGACGUCUCGAAACAGCGUCUCCCUGUCCUGGCAGCAGCCAGAAAGACCCAACGGCAUCAUCCUCGACUAUGAGAUCAAAUACUACGAAAAGGAGGAGCAGGAGACCAGCUACACCAUCCUUCGUGCCCGGGGUUGCAACGUCACUCUGAAUGGCCUGAAGCCCAACACUGCCUACCUGCUGCAGAUCAGAGCUCGCACCGCUGCUGGGUAUGGAGCCAGCAGCCCCAGUUUCCAGUUCGAGACCAGCCCCGACUCAGCCUUCUCCAUCUCCAGUGAGAGCAGCCAGGUUGUUCUGAUCGCCAUUUCCUCCGCCGUGGCCAUCAUCCUGCUCACCGUGCUGCUCUACGUGCUGAUUGGCAGGUUUUGUUGCCGCAGCAAAUCCAAACAUCCUGAUGAGAAAAGACUGCACUUUGGCAAUGGCCACUUGCGUCUGCCGGGGAUCAGGACCUACGUGGACCCCCACACAUACGAGGACCCGAGCCAGGCUGUGCACGAGUUUGCCAAGGAGCUGGACGCCUCCUGCAUCGCCAUCGAUAAGGUGGUGGGAGCAGGUGAGUUUGGCGAGGUGUGCAGCGGCCGCCUGAAGCUGCCCAGCAAGAAGGAGAUCUGUGUGGCCAUCAAGACCCUUAAAGGAGGAUACACAGACAAACAGAGGCGGGACUUCCUCGCCGAGGCGUCAAUCAUGGGACAGUUUGACCACCCCAACAUCAUCAGGCUGGAGGGGGUGGUAACACGCAGUAAACCCGUCAUGAUUGUCACAGAAUACAUGGAGAACGGAUCCCUGGACAGUUUUUUGAGAAAACACGACGCCCAGUUUACAGGCAUCCAGUUGGUCGGCAUGCUGCGUGGCAUCGCCUCGGGAAUGAAGUAUCUGUCGGACAUGGGCUACGUUCACCGAGACCUGGCAGCUCGCAACAUCCUGGUCAACAGCAACCUGGUGUGUAAAGUGUCAGACUUCGGCCUGUCCCGAGUCCUGGAGGACGACCCGGAGGCGGCCUACACCACCAGGGGAGGUAAGAUCCCGAUCCGGUGGACGGCUCCAGAGGCUAUUGCCUACAGGAAGUUUACAUCAGCCAGUGAUGCUUGGAGUUAUGGCAUUGUGCUCUGGGAAGUGAUGUCAUAUGGGGAACGGCCAUACUGGGAGAUGUCCAAUCAGGAUGUAAUAAAGGCUGUAGAUGAGGGUUACCGCCUCCCCCCACCCAUGGACUGCCCUGCUACCCUCUACCAGCUGAUGCUGGACUGCUGGCAGAAGGAGAGGAACAACCGGCCUAAGUUUGAACAGAUCGUCAGCAUCCUGGAUAAACUCAUCCGCAACCCUGGCAGCCUCAAAAUCACAGCCAACACCACAUCCAGGCCGGCCAACUUGUUACUGGACAGGAGCAGUUCAGAGGUUCCCUCCAUGGGGACGGUGGGUGACUGGAUGGAUGGAAUGAGGACCUUGCCCUGCAAGGAGGCCUUCUCUGGGGUCAGCUACAGCUCCUGUGACACCCUGGCCAAAACCUCCACAGAGGAUCUGAAAAAGGUUGGAGUGACUAUCGUAGGACCACAGAAGAAGAUCGUGAGCAGCCUCAAAGCCCUAGAUUCCCACACCAAGAAUGGCCCAGUACCUGUUUAAAAAAUGAACCCAACAAAUAAAAACACCAGAGACCCGUCUGUCGGUGUGGUUGCCAAUCACAGUCUAACACGGUGGCUUCAUAUUUGAACUGGAAACGGAUGGAAAUGAAGGAAAAAUAUGAUAUGAUUCAAAUGAGGGCUUCCAUUGUUUCGUUGAAAGACGAUAAAUCAAGUCCUGACAGAGACACGGGAAGAGUUCAGUGCAGAUCUGCCAGCUAGUUAACUGGCGUGACUCUUCAGCCCUCCGUCCCUUCAUGCCCAAGUUGAGAUGCCUUACAGACAAAUAAGAGGGUAAAGAGAGCAGAGGUGAAGCCAAGGGAGCCAGGGUGACAAACUGGGACUGGACUGGGAUAGGGGGCAAAGACUGGACUAACAUAAAGCCGGAGCUCUACCAUAUUGGCUAAGCUGGAUCGCAUAGCCUUCCCUUCAAAGCUGAGAGGGGACGGGCACGCUCACAGUCUCUUCCCACCACGCCUGAAUGGCAGCCUGUGGAACGAGGCGGUGAAACGGCUGAGACGCCUCGUGUCGAGGAGCAUGUCAGACAGCAGCAGCUCACCCGGGUGUGGACCCUUCCUGGACUAACGAGGUCUGAGGCGUGAGAUUUUGUUGUAACUACCUACAUUUACUGUCUCUAUCCAUGAGCGAACUGAGCUGGUAUGGACGCACCUAGACGAUAACCGAGCCAUUUUACUCCGUAGCUCUAACCUAUAGCAUUUGCAUUCAGUAGACAUGUCACAUAAAAGCAAUAAUUAUGAUAAUCAGUUAGUCUCAUUGUAUGGAAGCCAUGAGUCUGUCACAUGUACGAUGUUUUGAACGCUGUGCUUUGGAGGUACAGGGGCCAUAACACACUUCACACACAGAAUUUUCUUUAUGGUGACAUCUAUGUUCUAUGUGCUUACGAACAGAUAUUGUACAGUUAUAGUGCUGUUCCCUCAACCCAAUGCCCUUUGUGUGAAAUCUCAGGAUGUAUACGUUAUUCGUUCCACUUUCUCUAACAAGGGGAGACAGAAAGAGAGAACGGAGCAGAGCCAGGAAUUGAGAUUGCAGGUUAAGAGAGAGACAGGAGCAAGAAAAGAGGAAACCGUAAGAGAGGAAAUGAUAUGAGGAAAAGGAGAACUUGAAUAGGAUGAAGUGGCGGCGUUAUGGCGUCUGCUUCAGACAUUCUUGCUGUGUUGCGGAAGUGUUUUAAACUAGAAGUGAGUUUGUACUUGAGGUUUUUU